ACCUACGGCUGGGUUAAAACAGAAGGGUGCCUUCCCUCCCACCGCCUGUCACAGGCUCUGCCAUUCCCGUUGCUUUACCACUCUUCCAACAUUCGUGCACUGUGUUAGCUUGGAGUCUGCGCACUACUAUGAGAUGGAAAGAAUGGAAUAUUUAACUCCAUCCAGAAGUGAGAAGGCUGCCACUAACUUGGACUUGGAAAGCAAUAGAACGGCCCACUUUAAAUCGUCAUGGCAACAGCAUGUAAAUGUGUUCAGCUCCUCGAGUAGGCCAGCGUGUGUGGAAGAGCUGCAUCAGGAGGCCCAACUCAAUCUCCAGAGCUUGCUGCAAGAUGAAUAUGAAGGGUCAUAUUCUGACAGCAGAGUAACGGGACAGACUUUCCGCUGCUGCAGCUCGGAUCACUUGGGGCCCCCUCCGGAGCAGACUCUUCAGCAGAUCGUCAACAAGAAGACGGGUUUUAUUUUCCUGCCAGCUACAAAACAAGUCUGUGAAGAUGGGACAACCACUGUAGGCAUCUUGCCACAAGACACUGGACACGUAUUUCCAAAAAUUCUUGAGAAGCAGCACACCUGGAAUCAGACUUUAAUACUACCAACUGUGGAAAAGGCUACUUGGCACCUGGCACGACCCAAUCAAGCCCACAUAAUUCCCAUCAAUGUCUCUGGACAGGCGUUUGAUAAACAUUCCAUCGUGCACCAGUCCCUUUUUAAUACUGAGACUGCUGUGAAUCCAAAGUCAACACUGCGAAGGAGAAGAACCAUUAUUGGACUACCUGAGAUACCCCUCCAAGAUCGAGGACAUGCAAUGGAUCAGCAUUCAGACAGUGGUGACUUAAACCUUGGCAACUACUCUUUUGAAGAUUCAAUCAGCCAACAUUGCUCCUCUACACCGGGAGUAGCCCCAUACUCAAUGCCGCUUAGAAAAGCACACAGUGAACUGGACCAGCCUGUGUCUCCUUAUUCUGACAGAAUGGAUCAUUCUGCCCUGGUGUGUGGUAGUCCUUCCUGGAAUGGACAAAAAGAAUCCACAUUUUCUCCUUUGUGCAAUAACUCUUUUACCUACAUGAUGCCCGUAAGCCCCAUUGUGAGACAGUCUUCCCAUCCGAGCACAUUUUCAAAACACUCUUCACAAGGAAGUUUUAGUUCAUCUUCACAGGUGAAUUCUUUCAUGUGCCAGUCCAAUGAGCUAGCUGAAAAUAUGGGCAAUAGAGAUUGUGCAGACAUGACAACUGUGAAUCUUGAGCAGAAAAAUCAAGCCUUGUACAGAGAUAUAUUGAAGUUUCAGGAAAACUCUUUUGCAGCCCUAACAGAUUCAGGGUCAGUCUGUUCAGCAGACAAUUUGUACUUUGACCACAGGAGGGAGAGUGAAAGUUAUGCUAUGAAUUAUCCCAGCACAAGUUCAGAAGAGAGUACGAGUGCAGACAACGUUUCCAUAACCGCUGAUUUCAGUGAGCCACGAAGACAAAGAUCAAAGAGUUUCUCUCUUAGGAAGCCAAAGAAGAAACCUGCUCCUCCUGCCCGCAGUGUGUCCUUAAAGAAAGAUAAUAGUGGGCAGCAAGUUGAGACCACUGUCCAAACCAAAGACCCAAGGCCAAGGAGUCUUUUCAUACCCAGGGAUAAGAAUAUCCAACAAAACUUGUUCCAGCCAAGUCUUUCCUCCAAAAAUGUUAAAAGCACAUCACAAUAUGCUUUAGCAAAUGAUACUCAAACAAUAGGACAAGAUGGAGAGGUACACUUUUCUAGUCAUUGGUACACAAAUGAUUGGAAGUCAGAUGAUCCAUAUAAAUCAUUAUCUAGUUCCAGCACUGCUACUGGCACGACAGCAAUUGAGUGUGUAAAAGUGAGUGAUAGCACUGAAUCCCUUAGUUCACCCUCAACCUCUCGAGCAACAUCUCCUUUCCAGCUCCAUGCUGAAGCCAGAAUCAAUUCUCCAUCCAAACCUCCAGUACUGAUGUCCCCUUCCAGUGGCUACUCUAGUCAGUCAGAAACACCAACAUCAACUGUCCCCACAUCACUGAUCAUUGGUCACUCCACACAGGUCUGCAGGUUGAGGCCUAAAGUUCCACAAAGGAAGUCAUCCCUCCCUGCCACAUCCCCACGGGAAAAGGGUCCCCGUUCCAGGCUGUCAAUUGAAUUACCUAUCAUUCCUUCUUCUCAUAUAGACUUCACUGGGCCAGCAGUUUCCUUCAGAAGCAAACCAAGCGCCAGCAGAAGACACUCUGAUUCUUCAACAUCACUUCAAAAGAUAAGCCCGAGCCAACCAGUCUUUCCUAUGGUUACUCAGUUGGAUCUAAAGUCCAUUAGACUUCGAUCAGUCUGUAAAUCUGACCUAGACGAUAAUGUGGAUGGGGUUUUUGAGAUGAUUGAAGAAGAGCAAAGUAAAGACGUGUAUUCUACACCACAAAGAAAAGUGAAGCCCCCAGUAGCCUUAAAACCACAGCUGGCAAGAAGGCCCAUAAAUUUCAUGGUGAAAUCCCUUUCAUCAUCUCCAGUGAGUUCAGACUCUCCACCAAUUUCUCCAAAAGAAAGGGCAGAACAAUAUUGCCCUGGUCAACAGCAGAGCAGGCCAAUUACACUCAGAAAUAUAGAUCAUCUAACAGAUGGAAACAUUUCUGAUAUUCCAAAAACUGCAAAUUCUGCUGUAUCUCCUUACAGUCCAUGUGAAGAUGACACUUCUACAGCAUAUCCCACCAGGAUAGUCAUCCAGAGCCUGUCAGAGAUGGAAAAGAGGAAAACCAAAAUACCACCUCCAGUGCCCAAAAAGCCACAACUGUCAAUGCAGUCAACUAAUCCAGUCUCUGUUAAUGAAACACCUGAGAAUCUUCAUGUUACUUUAGUUAGUGGUCACACCAGCAGCACCAGUGUAUCUCUAUCUGAAGAUUCUUCCAGGCAGGCAGAAAACCACAUUAAACUGAUUACACUUAAAACCACAGAAUUUGAGCAAGACCCAGAAGCUUCUCCUAUUGGCACUCCCACAGAGGAAGUUAGUGAUAAAGUCAUUCGGCAUACAUCAGAAGAAGAUGAUGAAGUCUUUGUGCAGUCAUCAACAUCUCAUACCACAGAGGAUCUCUUCACUAUUAUACACAGAUCAAAACGGAAAGUUCUGGGAAGGAAAGAGACAGAUGACACAUUCCAGAGACAAAGCACAGCUCAAUCCAUCAAAACCAGCCAAUCAACGUCUGCUUCUGAGCAGAAGCAAACCUCACCUGGGAGGAAAGGGAGCUCAUCAAGAUCUAGUUCCAGGAAUGAGAACUUCAUGGCUUUACUUCAGAGGAAAAACAGCAAGAGUGGACACGGAACAAGAGUUUCUGCCAGAGAGCUCCUCAAAAGCACCAACCCACUAGCACGCAGAGUCACGGAGUUCUCACUGCCAGAGCCAGAGUCAAACAAAUAAUCAAAAACCACAUUGGUGGCCGUACAACUGGCUUACCCACCAUCUAGGAUAGUAAAAGCUUUUUAAAACAGUUGGACUGUUUGUUUAAAUUUUAAGCACAAGCAUUGAAGUAUAUAAAACUGCAGUAUGCAACAGCGCUAGAGAAAUACUAGUUAUUGAUUAAGGCUAUGGACUGUAUUAUACAGAUGGCGUAAGCAACAGGGUCUAAAUAAUUGUGUGCAGAAGUAUUAGAACUGAUGCAAUAUUUCCAUUUUAACAGAAUCAACAAUUCAAUCACAAAGCUUCUCCUAGAUUGUCUUACUUUUAUUGACAACUAUGACGAGUUAUGAAAAUGGAACAUAUUAAGUGAAACAGACUGCAUCACUCAGCCUGGAUCAAGUGGUGUCUGUGGCAUAGCUGGCAAAUGCACAGGAAUAUAUGUAAUAGAAAACCCAGUGCUGGAAGACCUAAAAGUAAGUCUAACAUACUGUAAAGGCAUACUAUACAAUGGCUUUGUAUUUAAUGAACAGAAAAAUAACUAUUACUGAAUAGACAUUACUCAUGUUUAGGUUUCCCCCCUUACAUUCAUUAGCACUUAUGACGGUCACUUUUAAAAUGUGUACUUCAAAGGAGGCAUUGCAGUCACAAACCUCAUGUAUUUAAUAAGACAAGUUAAUUACAUCUUCAAGACCUAAACAACAAUCUAACAAAUAUCACUACUACAUGAAAGCACUAUAUGUAAUGAACACAUAGGUACCAAUCAUUGAUUUGACACAGCAAUUAGCAUUAGAUUCAGGACCCACAGUCCAUUUACAGUGUAAAUAGAAUGAUAAGUCACUUUUGGAAUAAGAACUUAAAAGGAAGUUCUACAAUUACAAACUUUAUGCUUGUGUUUGUACUGUAACUAAUAAUCUAGGAAUGAAAGACCUGAAAACUGUACUAACAAAGUGGGGUACCACAUAAAAAUGUUACCUUUAAAGAACACACAGGAGAUUACCACUCAUUGGACAUCAGAAUUGAAUUUGGUUGUCCAUUCAUAAAUAAUUUAACUGUCUGGUGUAAAAUCAGAAAACGGAGACUAAAGAACACAAGUCACAAAACAUUUUUGAAAGAACUGCCAACCAACUCCUGAUCUUAGUGACCCUGAACAGCAAAAAGGGCAGGGUUAGAAACAGAGGAAGAUUAGUUGAGAAAUACAGUAAAUACAUCAUGCCUUCUUAUGGGUGUUCUUUUUACAAAAUAGUCAUCCUUUUUGGAUACAUAUUUGGGUCUUCUAAUGCAGGGUUUAUCAUUUGCACACACUGUUUCCAUAUAUUUGCAGAUUAUGUUGUGGGCAGCUCACUUUAAAAAAUAAGUGAUGCUAUUACUUUAGUCAAUGUAUUUAAUUUAGUAUAUCACAAAAUAAUUUUAAGACUUGAAAAUUUUAGUGGAUGCUUUGUGUUAAUUGUUGAUCUUCACAACAUGCAUGCAUGCAUUGUAGCUGUGGCCGUUUUUUACAGCUGUGUACGCUGUAUGUACUGUAUAUGUGUGUGGUUUAUAUACAUACAUAUAAACGCAUAUGUAUAUAUAAAGCGAGAGGGUCAGAGUAUAUAUAAAUGCAAAGAAUACAUAUUUUUAUAUAUAUGUGUGUCUAUAUAUAUAUAGUAUAUAUACGCACACACGUUUAAUGUAUCUCCCUUUAAAGUACUUUUCUCAGUGCCCUACUUAAAUAGAAUGAAAAUUAUUUUUCACUCACCCUUCCAAUAUAAAGAUUCUUAUACUGUGACCAUAAUGUAUAAACCUAUAAUGCUGAUUUAUUAAUAUUUUAAUUAAUGCAUCACAGUAUCUCAAGGGGUUCAGAUCUAACAUAAGGCAAGAAGCUGCUCCACUGAAUAGUAUUCUACAUUUCAAUGUAUAGCAAUGCCAAUCUUUAUAUUUGAAAAUGCAUUAGGGUGUUUAUUCUAUUCCAGGCGAGCACUGUAAAAUCCGAUGAAGCAAAUUGCCACCCAAUUGACUUAAUGUGGCUACAGAUCAAUAAGAGCUUCACACUGCCUUUUAUAUAAAACUUAAUAACGUCGAACAAGGAAGGUGUCAGGAACGUGUUGCACAUAUUUCUGCUGGACAUUAUGAGAAGAUGGCCUAAGAGUGAGUUUAUCUAUUACAGUUUAAAGACUUACUUAUAAUGAAGACGUUCUGGAUGGAUGAGGCAAAGGUUUUGCGAAACUUUGUUGACAUAUUCUGCUGUUGCACGAGCUGUAUUCAAAAUGGAGAAGCGUCCAAACACGUCGUGCAAGAUGCAACAUAACACGCUACUGGUGGAAAUAAGUUUACACAAAGGGAACUUUGAUAAAGAUGAUUCAAUCAAAAAUAUGACAAGCCUGGACUGAAAGACGCUCGCGGACUAAGAGGCUCAAACCUGCCGGAUGUAAAGAGGGGGAGCCAAGUGCGUCAAACGGGCAAUGGUGUUUAGUGCGCCUGCAGUUUAUAUUCCCGACUCUUUCGGGCGCUGCCCACUGCCCAGUGCGGGCAAUGCUCGGCACCUCCGGGGGCUCGAGUACGGACAAGGAGUUGUCACAAGACUCAGCAUUUAUAUCAAUCUGUUACGAGAUUAUGUAAUUCCGACCAGUGUUUUCUCAUGAAUUUAUCAACCCUUUCAGGUAUUUUGUGAUCAAGUUAGUAAGUGGAGCUUGUUUUGAACAGUCAGUAUAUGGAACAAAACGUUGAUGUUUGCCUUGUAUUAUGGAGUAGUGCCUCUGUUGUUUCAAUGCCUUGGUAUUGCUCUUCCUUAUAUUUAUGCUUAGAGCAAUUUUUAAUCUCUCUCUCUCUUUCUCUCCUUCUACCUGUGUAAGCGGCAUCAGGGAGCCACAAAAAGUCGUUAAUACAAAACUUACAAAUUGCACACCAUGUCUCCCUCUGUUCAAGUCAGGUCAUAUAAUGUACAAGAGAAUCAUGUGUAACAAAUUAUAUUCUUUUAUUUGGAAGGUAUUUUAUACAGAAUAUUUCUUCUCAGGAAGUCAAGUAAAUAAAAUCAAAAGUGCGUACAAAUAUACCAAUUUGAGGUCUGCGACAGUAACGACAGAAACUGACUUGCGUCAGCCUUCAUGAAAUUGUUGGAAAUUGCCUCAUUGGUAGGGGAGCAUAAAAACGUUAAAUAUUACAAAUUCCAUCCGUUGUUAUAUUCGACGUGUACAAAUGGUUUAUCAAACGGUUAUAAGUGUAAAAAGAUUAAUAUCUUUAUCGUAAACAUGAACUGUUACACAGUAAGAAAGAUAAAGUGCCAAAAUGUGUAUAGGUACAGUUCGUUUUUAGUAAAUGUCUUAUGAUGGCUACAGAAUAAAUACAUUUUAUUUGAAAAGGAACAGUCAACAUUUUAGGCCUCUGAAGACUCGACUUUAUCGGCAUCUUUGGUCAGUUCCAGGUAACAGAGAUGCAGCUCAUUAUUAUUUGGUUUAAAUCGUUAAGUAAUUUAUUCAUAAAACUGCCUAACGGUAAAAUGAAAUGUCCGUUUGUAUUUUAAGGUGCAUGAAGUGUAACCAUAAUAAAAAAGAACAAGACCUUAUGAUGUCAUAAAAAGUGUAUAUUAUACAGCAGGCAAUGUUAAUACUGUCGAGAGAAAAAUAAAAGUUAAUUUCUUAAGACUUGUGGAGUUAUAAGAUGAGAAAUUUAAUUAGAAAUUGCAAGAUUACUGAUUGCAUUGAAAAGGAUAUUUCAUUGAAAGGUGCUAAAUAUAAAACCACCAGAAGUCAAGAGUGAAACUGGGGUUGCACAUAUGCACAGAAAAGCAGUUUAUAGCCUCCAAAAGUAUACUGUAACUCACCAUCCUCCUUGAACAAGGUUUUUGGUGAAUGAUCCUUCUUUGUGCUCUUAAUUCAUUCAAGUGCAGUAGAAAAAUAUGUUUGUGUGGCUGUUUUCAAACACCGGGUAAAAAUUCUUUAGAUUGUCUUCUAGUGCUGACUUCUGAUUUAAGAAUUAGAACUAUAAACAUUUUGCCACAGUUCACUUGUGUGCUUAAAAAGUGGUACUUAUCUUACACGACUGUUAAAAGCUGUUCAGAAUUGAAUGUGCACAUUACUAGGACAUCACAAAUGAUAAAAGAGAAAGGCCAGACUUCAGUUUUGGUAUCCGUAAUUACAGUGUCCUACCAUAUAAUAUUAUCCUAGUGAUAAAGGUACUUAAGGCUAUUGUCCCAUUUUUAAAUUUUGUAUAUUGCAAAAAAAAAAACAGUUACACUCUAGCUUGUCUAGAACAGACACAUGCUUUUAAAGGACAUCACUUUAAUUCUUCUUAAUUACAGUGUACUUAAACAAUAAUGGCUCCACACCUAUCUGCAUGAGAUGGGUUUAAGUUUGCAUUUCUCAGUGCUACUUCAUUGCUGACUAUAUAUUUUCCUAUCACAUCACUCUGAUAUUCUGUAAAUACAACACUGAUUUGUAGUGCUACUGCAUACACAUAAAUAUAUAAUGAGUAAUUACCAUGUAAUUACCCUGUAAUUGGAGACACCCAAACUAAAGUUUGGCCAACACAAAAACUGAAAAGCUGUGGCCAUCCUUAAAUUAGGCUUUGAAUGUGAAAAAAACAAAGAACUGCCUUACUGAUAAUGUAGUAAAGCACAACGUGCAUAUAAUGGUUAUUAUUACACCACUUUGUAAUAAUAACAUGCAUAUUAUGUAUGUCUAUUUUUACAUUGUUUUAAAAAAAAAUACAAGGCACUAAAUAUUGUUUUUUUUAUUUUUCUUUAUAUUUAAAGAGCUUCUAUUAAUGGUAUAUACAUGUUCUAAAUACUGAAUAUUUUAAAAUAUAUGUUGUUUGUUGGCACAGUAAAAAGGAAAGUAACCAAUGAAAUUUGAUGGUGACCUUUACAAAUAUAAGAGAAAAUAAUCUUGUGUAAUAUAGAGAAAAUUGCAAUAUAGGAAAAUUAUAUAUAUCACUGAAAAUUUUAUUUGUACUCAUAUUAUGUAAAUUAUUAUCAUUACACAGUUGAACAAAUAUUUUAGUAACUGAAAAUUAUUAUUUAUCCGAGUGUUGGAUGUCACCAAUACAACUGAAUUAAAUACAGAAUGUUACAUUUAAAAUAUAAAACUGUCCUUUAUUUUCCAAAGAGGAUCUUUAAAGUGGUGGCAUUAUUUAAUGCUUUUUUAAUUUAUGUAUUUUUUCCAAUAAACCUUCCACAUUGUGCAAAUGAUAAGACAACUUCUCCUGCUCACCUCCAUGCCAGUGGAUGAAUGACUGACUGGGUGAGUCCCAGUUUGCUAGAGUGGUAUAUUUGUCUUUUGUAAUACCUUCUGGGUUUAAACAGCAAUGUGGUAGGAAAGUGCAAUGUAAAAGUCCUUUUUUAUUUCCCAGAUUUCAGAAGAAAAAGUGAGAUGGCACAGGGUAAAGGUCAUCCACUACUUUCUCUUAUUUUGUUUAUACAUUUUAGUUCUGAGCUAUGUCCAUUUGUGCAUGCUGCCUGUUUAUGAAAUAAAAUUGGAGAAUGUUUUGUUUGUGUUAGUCAGCUUUUGCCACAAUGUCUUUGUAACAGGGCUACAAAAUUUGAAUAAAAUAUUUUCUAUGAGCUUAA